AAUGUGGGCAUCUGGGUGGCGUUGCGGUGGGAGGAACAUUCAGCAACAACGCUGAGACUCCAUGGAGGGUGCGGCAGGAUGAUGCUUCCUCCUCCAAACAGCCCUGCCUCCCAGCGGAUCCACUGUGCCAUGCGCAUCGCUCCGGCAGCCAGUGUUGUGCAUUUGGGGCCCCUUAAAGAGAAGCGCCGAGCAGACGGCACCGACUUUCUCCAUUGUAGAGUCACCGAAAUGAGGAACAGCGCCAACCCGGCACAAUGCGCUCCAGGCUCCCAGGGACCGCCUGCCUAUUGCGAACCAUUGGACUCUGCAUCCUUCUCUCGAACACUGCAGCUUACUUUGGGCUGACAGGCCGAGAGCCAUUGGUGCUUUUACCAGGUCCAUUUUCUAAUGAAGCUCCAACGGGGAAGGCCCACCUGAAGCAGUGCGAGCAGAUGAGUCUGACCAGGCGGCAGAAGAGGAUGUGCCGCAGGGAGCCCGGUUUGGCCGAGACGCUCCGGGAAUCGGUGCGCCUCGGCCAGCUGGAGUGUCGCUAUCAGUUCAGGAACGAGCGCUGGAACUGCACCCUGGAUGGCCGAGGGAGCCUCCUGAAAAGAGCAUUUAAGGAGACCGCCUUUCUGCUGGCUGUAUCCUCCGCUGCACUGACCCAUGCGCUCGCCAAGGCUUGCAGCUCAGGCCGGAUGGAGAGGUGCACGUGUGACGACUCCCCCGGGAUCCAGCACAGAGAAGCGUGGCAGUGGGGGGUCUGCGGAGACAACCUGAAAUACAGCACCAAGUUCCUCAAGAAGUUCCUCGGCCAAAAGAGGGUCAGCAAAGACCUGAGGGCGCAGGUCGAUGCCCACAACAUCAACGUUGGUAUUCGGGCAGUAAAGAGUGGGCUGAAAACAACCUGCAAGUGUCAUGGGGUCUCUGGCUCGUGUGCGGUACGGACUUGCUGGAAGCAGCUGUCCCCUUUCCAUGACACUGGGCGGCUGCUAAAGUACAGAUAUGACAAUUCCAUAAGAGUGUUGAGCGUCACCAACGCAGCCACAGGAGAGACUGAGCUCGCAGGCCCUAGACGCCAUGGCCAAAACCCGCGCAAUACCCACUUGGUCUACCUGGAGGACUCCCCUAGCUUUUGCAGGCCUUCCCGCUACUCGCCAGGCACAGGUGGCAGGUCGUGCACCAAGGACACGAGCUGUCAGAGUCUGUGCUGUGGACGCGGCUAUAACACGGCCAUGCACCUCACCAGCCUUUCCUGCCACUGCCAGGUACGCUGGUGCUGCCAUGUGGAGUGCCAAACAUGCGUGAGGGAAGAGGAGGUGUACACCUGCAAAAAUGCAUAAACAAAUUUUGGAAAGAGAAAUGAAAAAUGAUCCAAUGAAGCAGUGGAAAACAUGAAAGAGACUGAACUCAAAUCUUUCAAGCGUAGUCCUCCGCAGAAUGUCACAUCAAAGCAUGUUUUUGAAAAUAUCAUUUAGGACGUGCAUGAUAUUUUGGGAGAAAAAACACUAUUGUACCACUAUGAUACUGUUGGUUUCUUGCUAUCAGCUUACUGUAGAUGAUGAUAUUUCCAAACUACUCUCCUUCUCCUUAGCUGGAUGCACUGAAAUCUCCCUUUUCUACAUAAUGGAAUCAAGCUCCUCAAAACAGGAACCACACUGGAGCAGUAUGAACUGUGAGCUCUGACACUGACUGUUUGAUGUGGUAUUUGUCCUCCCAUAUUUUACUAUUUAUUGCGCCACUUUCUGUGCCUCGUAUACUGCUGCUUUAUGCGUUAAAUCUUGUAAUCAAGUGUUGCCAAUAAGGCUGUAAAGGAGUUAAGAUGAAUCUACCUGCCUGUCUCUCUGACUGCUGUGGAGAACUUUUAAAGUUCUGUCCUGAGUAAAAGCACUUAAGUUGCUCUUGCUACAUAUUAUACAAAAUGAAUUGUUAAUACCUAGAUAGAAUCACUGGAAGCUUUACUGGUGGCUUACACCACUGAUACAUUAUUACGUGCAUUUACAGGGUUAUCGUGUAAAGAAAGAAGGUGGGUGUUUUCAGUUGCUCUUAUGGAAAUGUCUAUGGAAAUCUCUACAUGUGCUGUGCAGGGAGAUUAACACACUGCUGGAAACGCUGACCACUCUCUUUGAAAUUCAGCUUAAUUUGGAAGCAUGCCAGUUCUGUUUUUCUAAUUGUAGGUAUUAACAGAAGUCUACAUUUUUCUAUACUUUCAAGUAUAAAAUGAACUCACCAGAAUAUUUGAAGUCCAAAUUAGCCCCAUCUUUGUUCUGCAUGCCUUUGAAGUGAAUCAGUCACGCUGCCUAUUUUCCCUAAUUGCUAAUCAAAGAAAAUGACCACGUUUACUCCCCCCUUUGCUUCUAACUCUGCGUCCAUGUGUGCAGGUCGAAAGUGCACGCCGGACCCCUGAGUGUCUGUUUUUAUUGGGCUGUUUCAUGCUUUAUUGGACUGCCUCUGAACUGCAGAUGAGCAAUGAAUAUAACUCACAUCGGGGCUCCAGGCGUCUGACAAUGUGGAAUCGUAAUUUUUCUACCUCACUUCAACUUUUGGCAAAUAUCAGUAAGAUUUAUGAGCUAUGCAGAGUUUCUUCUCUGUAGAUACAUGUCUUUCCCUCUGCAUUUGGUUGAAAUAUAUUUUAGAUGUCUGUGCAGGUUUUGUGGAAUAAUGCGUAAUCAGUUUUCCUGUUUCUAUUUUGAAAGCUUGUUGCUUUACACUUUUUAUUUAAAACAAAUUAGAUUAAUAAAAAGACAAACAUUUGUAAGA